CUCCCACAGAGAGGCAGGAGCAGCGGCUGCUUGGGGUGAGAGAGGGCUUGAGCUGUCUGCGUCGGACGCCCUUGCUUCGCCCUUGCCUUCCGACUCUGGGCCCCAUCGCCGGUAUGCUCUGCCGAUUGGUCUCCCGGGGCAGAAAUGGCACUAAACUGAUUGCACCUCUUGGGUGCCUGGUUUCCAGGCAAAAGCACACACUUCCUGACUUGCCUUAUGAUUAUGGUGCCCUGGUACCCCAUAUUAGUGCAGAAAUCAUGCAACUUCACCACAGCAAACAUCAUGCUACCUAUGUGAAUAACUUGAAUAUUACAGAAGAAAAAUACAAAGAGGCCUUGGCAAAAGGUGAUGUUACGGCUCAGGUGUCUCUUCAGCCAGCUCUGAAGUUCAAUGGUGGAGGUCACAUCAAUCAUUCUGUUUUCUGGACAAACCUUUCUCCAAAUGGUGGAGGGGAGCCUAAAGGGGAGUUAAUGGAAGCCAUUAAACGUGAUUUUGGCUCCUUUGCAAACUUUAAGGAGAAAUUGACAAAUGUAUCAGUUGGUGUCCAAGGCUCAGGAUGGGGAUGGCUUGGUUUUAACAAAGAACAAGGUCGACUACAGCUUGCUGCCUGUUCCAAUCAAGACCCUCUCCAAGGAACCACUGGUCUUGUUCCCUUGCUAGGGAUUGAUGUGUGGGAGCAUGCCUAUUAUCUUCAAUAUAAAAAUGUUAGACCAGACUAUCUCAAAGCUAUCUGGAACGUGAUCAACUGGGAGAAUGUGUCUUCAAGAUAUACAGCUUGCAAAUAGAGCCAGAACUGUGAUGUUAUUCAGACAAUUUCUUUUGAGUAAUUUCUAAUAGUUGACUUGCUAAUUGCUCCAUUGCUGAAAUUAUUCUCUCACAUCAAACACAAGCUGAAUGUUCGUCUUAGUUGGUGAGACUGUAGUUCUUGACAUGCUAAUUUUCUGUUUAAAGAUAGAUUCUUUAUGCAGUGCUCUAAAAGAAUGCAGUUCUUAAAAAUAAGUGAGGAAUUAUGGCUGAAGUUGUCCUUGAGUAUCAGUUUAUGAUUAGGCACUACCAUCUUUUCUUUGCAGCACAAAGAAGAAAACUAAGUGUACUAAGUUCAGAAGAAAAUUACAAGAAACAACAGCAGCACCUAUAGCAGUUUAUAAACUAGGUUUCAUGAAAAGCUGACCUGUAUGUCUUGAACAGCACAGCUAGCAGUAUUUAAACAAAAGGGAAAUACAUUGUAGUCUUACCAGUGACAGACUUUUGGCAAACAAUAGCUCAUCACAACAUCAGGUUUUGCACUAUAUGGUACAGAUGCUUAAAUAUAGGUAGUUACCCUUCAUGAAAUUCUUUCCAAAGAGAAAAAAAUAUCCUUUAAGAUGAAAAGAACCAUUGCACAGAAUUUAUAGGUUAUUUGGUUUGGAAUAAAGAGUAUUUAAUAAAUGUAUUUUUGUUCUUUUGUU